CUCUCACACUCACAACACUUUCUCUCCUUCCAUAACUUAGCCUGAGAUGUCUCCGGAAGCUUACGUUCUGUUCUUUAACAGUUUUAACCUCGUAACCUUCGAAGCCUUUGCUUCGAUCGCUCUUUUCAUAGCCACAGUUGCUUUCUUUCUCUCACCAGGUGGGCUCGCAUGGGCCUGGACCGGUUCAUCCAAGAACCGGGUUUCAAUUCCGGGACCAUCUGGUUCUCUUUCCGUCCUCUCCGGUUCUAAUCCCCACCGUGUUCUCGCCGCUCUUGCAAAACGCUUCAAGGCCUCUCCGUUGAUGGCGUUUUCAGUUGGGUUUUCGCGUUUCGUUAUCUCUAGUGAACCGGAGACGGCUAAAGAGAUUUUGAACAGCUCUGCUUUUGCAGACCGUCCGGUUAAGGAGUCAGCUUACGAGCUUCUGUUCCACCGUGCCAUGGGAUUCGCACCGUAUGGUGAGUAUUGGAGGAAUCUGAGGAGAAUCUCCUCCACUCAUCUUUUUAGUCCGAGAAGAAUCGCAAGUUUCGAAAGUGUUAGAGUUGGGAUCGGUAUGAAGAUGGUGAAGAAGAUUAAGAGCCUUGUUACGUCUGAUGCUUGUGGUGAAGUUGAAGUGAAAAAGAUCGUUCACUUUGGUUCUUUGAAUAAUGUAAUGACGACUGUGUUUGGUGAAAGUUACGAUUUUGAUGAAAUUAAUGGAGCUGGAUGUUUUCUGGAGAGGCUUGUGAGUGAAGGUUAUGAGUUACUUGGGAUAUUUAACUGGAGUGAUCACUUUUGGGUUCUUCGUUGGUUUGACUUCCAAGGAGUGAGGAAGAGGUGUAGAGCUUUGGUCACUGAAGUCAACACUUUUGUCGGCGGAAUAAUUGAGAAACACAAGAUGAAGAAGAGCAAUAAUCUCAAGGGAGAGGAAAAUGACUUCGUUGAUGUCUUGCUUGGCUUGCAAAAGGAAGAAAAGCUGUCUGAUUCUGACAUGAUUGCUGUUCUUUGGGAAAUGAUAUUUAGAGGGACAGAUACAGUUGCGAUUCUAGUGGAAUGGGUGCUUGCAAGAAUGGUUUUGCAUCAAGACAUCCAAGAUAAACUCUACAAAGAGAUAGCUUCUGCUACAAGUAACAAUACUAGAUCCUUGUCUGAUUCCGACAUCCCAAAACUACCGUACCUUCAGGCUAUUGUCAAAGAAACCCUAAGGCUCCACCCACCUGGACCACUCCUCUCUUGGGCCCGUCUCGCUAUCCACGAUGUCCACGUAGGUCCUAACCUUGUCCCUGCUGGAACCAUAGCUAUGGUCAACAUGUGGUCCAUCACACACAACCCUAAAAUCUGGACUGACCCUGAAGCGUUUAAGCCUGAGAGGUUCAUUGGUAGUGAGGAUGUGAGCAUCAUGGGCUCGGAUCUUAGGUUGGCUCCAUUCGGAUCGGGUCGUCGGGUUUGCCCUGGUAAGGCAAUGGGUCUAGCUACUGUUCAUCUCUGGAUUGCUCAAUUGAUCCAGAAUUUCGAAUGGGUUAAGGGUUCUUGUGAUGUUGAGCUCGCUGAGGUUCUCAAGCUGUCUAUGGAGAUGAAGAAUCCGUUGAAGUGCAAGGCUGUUCCAAGGAAUGUUUGUUUCGCUUGAUGGAUUAUCGUGUCGGGGACUUGUUUAAUGAACUAUGGGUAGUACU